AAUUAAAAGAAGAUGAAUGUUUAUAACGAUAAAAACUGAAUUUCCCAUACAGGGAUUAAUAAGUUCUCUUCUUCUUCUGAUCCUAAUCUUUUUUUUCCCAGCAUGCCCUGUCGGACAAGGCCUGUGUGAAGAUGUUUGACCCGAGGACGACCUGUAACCAGGAGUGUCUCAUCACCACCUUCCAGGACGUUUACUUCGUCUCCGACAGCUUCGAGGAGGCCAAGGAGAAGAUGAGGGAGUUUGCGAAGUCGAUCAAGAGGCCGUUCUCGGUGUACUACAACCCGUACACUCAGAGCAUCGACCUGCUCAAAGACACCCGCAGCAUCGAGAACGUGGUGCAGGACCUGCGCAGCGACCUCACCACCGUGUGUGACGCUCUGGGGAAGAUGAACACCUACAUGGGCAUCUGAAGCCUGCUCCGCCUCCGACCUCUGAUCAGUGAUGCAUCAACCCCCCCCCCCCCCCCUCCACCUGUGAUUGGCCGGUUUAUUGUUCUUUGUGUGUAACGUUGUUGUAAAGUCCAUCUGACGUCGCACUUGUGAAUAAAUGAAUU